GCGCCGCCCGGAAUAGAGCAGUUGGAUGAACCGGAUAUGCCGACAAAUUUAGAAAAUUGUUCAAGCAUUGGCUGUGAGGAGUGUCCACUGACUACACUUGACCCGGAUUUAGGGCGCCACUCGAAGAAUGAGGCAAACGUGCUUGCCGUUCGGCUCUAA